GAAACGACUUUUACAAAUUAUUUAACAACAACAAUAUUCAUGAACUUGCCGACAAUCUAAAAAUAAAAGUCAAUUCAAUGGUUAAUUAUUAACUAUCAAAUUUGGCUUUAAAUUUCCUUAAUUAAUUGAAAGACAUGAAAUCUUUCUUAAAAUGUAAGUCAUUUUUGUUCCCAAGAUUCCAUUCUAAAUUGAAUAUAAAUAGAUUGUCCACCUUAAAUGCAAAUAAUAUUGCUGUAAUUCACGAAAUAAACAAAGAUGCUUCUCCUUCUGAAGCUAAAGUUUCCACACUUUUUGUGCCUGGGAGACAUGGUGGAACAGUUUAUCAAAUUGUCAAACCAAUCAUAGACUCUAAUUACAUAGAAAAAAAUGCGAUGAAUAUUGAAAGAUCCAGCAAAGCUAGAGGUAUUGAACUUGAUGUGCACCACUUAUUAAAAAUUAUGAAUGAAUGGAUUAUAAAAAAAGAAAAACAUCAAAAUGCUUCGGAUAAAUUUUUAGAACUUGAGGAGGAAUCUAAUAGGUUUAAAGAAUUGAAUUUUAUUGAGGAAGCAAAUGCAUUGCGUAAGCAAUCGACUGAGUGCUUGGAAGAAAUUAAACUUGCAAAAAAAGAGUUAUAUGAUAUUGAAGACCUUGUGAUGCCAUUGUUAGCAAAAAUUCCUAAUACAUUAGAUCCAUUAACACCAUUGCUGAAUGAUUCUGUAGCAGUUCAUGUCGAGCCUUCGAAGAAUAACUCUAUAUCUUUAUCUCACACUGAAAUCGGAGAGCGUUUGUCACUCUUAGAGUUUGUACAUGUUAGUCCAACAGCAUAUUUUCUGAAAAGUUCUCUUGCAGAAUUGGAAAUGUUGGCACAAAAUUAUUUUUCUGAUAAACUUCAAGAAAUGCAAUUUGCACCUAUGUCUUGUGUUGAUUUUGUCAAAUCCUUUAUCCUUGAAGCUACUGGUUUAGAUCCUUAUUCAUGUGAUCAAUGUAUACCAUUGAAAAAUAAUAAGGCAUCUUUUAAAGUGAUUCAGAACCUUAAUCUUGUGGGUGGGGCCACAUUUCAGUCACUAUGUGCAUAUUUAAUAAAUAUGAAUACCUCUGUUGAAACUCUUCCUGCGAAAUAUUAUUCCAUUGGUCGACACUACGAAUCUGGCAAUAGAAAUAGUAAAAAACCAAGUCUUUUCUCUGUUGUGCAAUCAUCUAGUAUUCACAGUUUAGUUCUGGAGGAACCCACAAAUGAAACAACUGAAUUUGAUUCAAUGUUACAAGUUUUGUUAACUUGUUAUUCUCACUUUAAAAUUCCAUUCAGAACUGUUGUUGUUGCUGCUCCAAGAUUAAACUGCACCGAAAGUUGCCGUGUGCAAAUAGAAUUGUGGUCACCAGCUAUGCUUUGCUAUGUUCCAGUUGCAUACGUGUCUCGACAUAAUGACUUUGUAUCGAAACGAUUGCAUAUCUCAUAUGGUGUUCAGCAUAAUAUUAAUGGUUACUGUGCUAUAGUUGAAGGUACUGUUGUUAAUGUUCCUGUCUUGCUAGGCUGUUUAAUAGAGAAUUAUGCUAAUAAGAAUGGAGAUGUUAAUUUUGAAAAGCUCUAUGAAUUGUUUGAUCAAUAAUAAAUGUAUUUAAGUAUUAAA